CGACGCGCGUCGCCCCGGCUGCCAGAGUUCCGUACUCCCCGGCCCGAGUCAUUCGCACCCCGCCCACCCCCGCGAACCCCGCGGGCGACAGGGCUGCCACUUUACGGUCCUGGGACCCGGCCAGUGCCCGCCCCAACUAGGGCAGGGCGGCAUUGUAGGAGGCGGAGCCCGGAGAGAGCUGCCGCGGGCGGGCACCUGGAUAAGAGGACCCUGAACCGCCCGCCCCAGCUCCGCGUGGUGGUGGGCGGUGGCUGGGUCAUGUUGCUGGUGUUGCUGAGCCUGGCUGCAGUGUGCGGGAGCACCGUGCCCCAAGAGCCGACUAUUCAAUGUGGCCCUGAGACUGGGCCAUCUCCAGAGUGGAUGGUCCAACACACACUCACCCCAGGAGACUUGAGGGACCUCCAAGUGGAACUUGUUAAAACAAGGGUUGCACCAGAGGAUUUUUCAAUUUUGAUGAACAUAAGCUGGAUACUCCGGGCAGAUGCCAGCAUCCGCUUGUUGAAGGCCACCAAGAUCUGUGUGACUGGCAUAAGCAACAUGCAGUCGUACAGCUGUGUGAGGUGUGAUUACACAGAGGCCUUCCGAAGUCAGACCAGACCUUCCGGCGGCAAAUGGACCUUCUCCUACGCAGGCUUUGCCGUGGAGCCGAGCACACUCUACUUCAUCGAGGCCCAUAACAUCCCCAAUGCUAAUAUGAACGAAGACAGCCCUUCCCUGUCCGCGAACUUCACCUCUCCAGGCUGCCUAGACCAUGUAAUGAAGUAUAAAAAGCAGUGCAUUGAGGCGGGAAGCCUGUGGGACCCAAACAUCACUGCUUGUAAGAAGAACGAGAAGAUGGUCGAAGUGAAUUUUACAACCAGUCCCCUUGGAAAUAAAUAUGGCGUUUUCAUUCUAUGCGACAUGAACAUGCCAUUGGGGGUUUCUGAAGUGCUGGAGAAUAAACUGACGCGGAUGUCUGUGGCCAUUCUGGUGGACCAGGAGAGUGAAGGUGCUGUGGUGCAGCUGACUCCGUAUUUCCACACCUGUGCCCCUGACUGCAUCCGACGCCAAGGAAUAGUUGUGCCUUGUUCAGAGACAAGUGCUCCCUUCCCCGCUCCAGCUGACAAUAGAAGCAUUCUGGGAAGCUGGCUGCCACUCAUCCUGGUGCUGCUGGUGGCUACAUGGGUCCUGGCAGUUGGGAUCUACCUAACCUGGAGGCAAGAAAGGAGCGCGAAGACUUCCUUUCCUACUACCAACAUGCUGCUGCCCCUCAUUAAGGUCCUGGUGGUUUACCCAUCGGAGAUAUGCUUCCCUCAUACCGUCUGCCGCUUCACCGACUUCCUUCAGAACCACUGCAGAAGUGAGGUCAUCCUCGAAAAAUGGCAGACGAAGAAAAUAGCCCAGAUGGGUCCGGUGCAGUGGCUUACCACCCAGAAGCAAGCGGCAGAUAAAGUGGUCUUCCUUCUUUCCAGUGAUGCCCACAGUCUCUGUGACAGUGCCUGCCGCCAGGACAAGGACGGCGCCAGGGAGAGUUCUCAGGACCUCUUCCCCCUCGCCUUUAACCUUUUCUGUAGCGAUUUCAGCACCCAGGCUCAUCUGCACAAAUACCUGGUGGUCUACCUCGGCGGCGGCGGCGGGGCGGCCGUCAAGGGCGACUAUACUGCUCUGAGUGCCUGCCCCCAGUAUCGGCUCAUGAAGGACGCCACGGCUUUCCACACAGAACUGCUCAGAGCUGCACGGAACACGUCAAUGAAGAAACGGUCACGAGUCUGCCCUGGCGGCUGCUCCCUGUUGUAGUCCGCCCGGGAGAAAGGAGACCCUGAGGCCCUCCUACCCUUACCAAUUCCAGCGACCAAAAGCUUUGUGAGGACCCUGAAGCUUACUCUACAGGCUGCGUGGAGGGAGUGCUGUAUCACAAAACUUGCUUUAGAAAUGGAGUUUGCAGAGUCAGAACUUGAGGCUAGUCACUAGCAGGUUUUAUGCAUAUAAUACAGUUAGAGACAUUAAUGAAUGGAAGGUAAAUUCCCGAAGCUCAAUCACCUUUCUACCCAAAGCCCGAUAAUGAUUCUCACUGCAAACAUGAAAUAACAAGGCAUUUCGCAGUCAGAUGUCCCGUCUUGCACUGCUCAUGCUCUGUUUAGCCCUGUAACAUUUUAAUGGGUUAAUGAAUAAUCCAUGUGAGAAGCACUCACUAAUCCACUAGCUCCCUAAGAGGAAAAGCCUGUUACACACACAAGCUGGACACAUCUUGUCUGACCAAUGACCCAGUGUAUGUGUUCUGUAUGACCCACUGUACUGUGUGCUUUCUGUAUAGCACCUUCCCUUGCCAAACUUCUGGACAGGCAACCUUUAUUUUUAUUUUGGAAGUGCUAGGAAAUGAACCUAGGGUAUUGUACGGCUACACAAAUGCUCUGCCCCUCAAAUGCAUCCCAGCCCCUCACAGGUGACUUUUCAGUAAAUAUAAAAACACUUCACCAGCCAGACAUGGUAACAUGUACCUUUAAUCCCAGCACUCAGGUGGCAGAGGCAGGAGGACUCCUGAGUUCAAGGCCAGCCAGAGAUACAUAACAAGAAUGUCCCAAACAGUCUUUUGCCCAAUUACCCAUCCACUGUUCUAGUUCCCAGAGUUCAUGGUUAUUACAUGUUUCCUGUUCAAGUCAAAACUAAUUCACUGAAAUUAGCUCUCUUCAUGUAAUAUAUCUUUUUAUAAUCGAUUACUUUAAAAAACAACCAAGGGCUGGAGAGAUGGCUCAGAGGUUUAGAGCAUUGACUGCUCUUCCAGAGGACCUGGGUUCAGUUCCCAGGACCCACAUGGCAGUUCACAGCCAUCUUAACUCCAGUUCCAGAGGGCUCUGAUACCGCUUUCUGGCUUCUAAAGGCACUCUAUAUACACUAAAAAAAAUUAUUGCACACACACAUCAGUGUUUUGCUUACAUUAUGUCUGUGUACCAUGUGCAUGCCUGGUACCUGAGGUCAGAAGACAGGGGUGGAUGCCCUGGAACUGCAGUUAUGGAUAGGAGUGAACCACCAUGUGGAUGCUGGGAAUCAAACCAGCAUCUUCUGCAAGAACAAAUACUCUUCCCUAACGAGCUCUCUCUCCACACCCCCUAAUGUAAAUAAAUCUUAUUUUUUAAAAAACACCAAAAAAACAGUACAAGCAGUAAUAGCACACAGAUCUGUAACAUCUUGAGUCUUCUAGCUCUUGACUUUCUUGAAGCAGCUUUUUCUUAAUGUAAAAACCACAGAAAUUAUCUACAUUAGCAUAUGCAUUUGUCGUAAGUCUUCAUACAGCAUCAUCUGUUUUGUGAUGUGAUCCAGGUUCAGGUAGUUGACUGUUAAAUGUUGGUAACUAGAGGCUGGGCAUGGUGGCACAUGUCUUUAAUCCCAGGGCUCUAAGGCAGAGGCAGAGAAAUCUCUGAGUUCGAAGUCAGUCUGGUCUACAUAGUUCCAGAACAGCCAGAGCUACAUAAUUGAGAAACCUUGUUUAAAAACAAAAACAGGUUUGUAAUUGGUCAGGUGUGGUGGCAAACACUUUAAAAAAUAUAUUUUUAAUUAUGUGUAGGUGUGUGUCUGCAUGUGGGUAUGUACAUAAAGUAUAAGUAUCCACUCAGAAGAGGUCAAAGGCAUCAAAUCCCCUAGAGCUGGAGUUACAGAUGGCUGUGAGCUGCCUGACAUGUGCUGGGAACUGAACUCAGGUCCUCUGGAAGAGCACUGAGUACUCUUAAACACUGAGCUGUCUCCCAAGCCCCUGUGGUAUACAUUUUAAAUAACAGUGCUCUGGAGGGACGCGGGCGGAGCUGUGAGUUCCAGGAUAAAGGGAAAGUUUGUAACUGCACAUUAGCCUCAAAGGUCUUGUUUUGGGGUGUGGCUCAGUGGCAGAGAAUUUGUGUAUGAUGUACAAGGCCCUGGGUUCAAUCUGCAUCAAUGUAAAGAGCAAGCAAAAAAGAGCCAAUGUAAAAGGCCACAUCAUGCACUCUAAUAUGUCUUAUGAAUAAAUAAAACCCCAAAGAUGCAUGAAGUGCGAGCUCCCAGCAUCCAGCUCCGUGAGCAUGAUGGCUGAGGCCGUGCCUGGUGUGGCAAGGCUGUUACUUGGUGAGACAGCUGCCAGAUGCUGUACAAACGUGCUGAAGAUGUAUAUAGCUUCUGUCACAACUUGGACCAGAAACCACCUUCCUCUGAGUCAACAUCUACCACUGUAAGAGAUGCUCACGUGGAGAAUGAUUACCACAGAUACAUCAUGCUUCUGAAAGCAUGGAGCUGAUUGUAAACUCUGUUCCAACAGCCCAGAAACAUAAAAUCACAUUCUAUGUUAGGUCAAAAAUGUAAAAGAACAGAUAAUUUUCAGACUAUGUAUUUUCAAAGUAUAUAUCCAAAUGGUAUUACCAGGUUAACCCUUGCUACAUCAGAGGACCCCUCUUGGUCCUAACGUACAUCAGAGGACCCCUCUUGGUUCUAACCACUGAGCUCUACCUGGUGACUCAUAUAGUCCUGGCAAUUCCUCCAUCUACAUUCUAUGCCUAUCUCCAGGUCUUAUCUGUCUCUACUUUAUCAAUCUCUCAAUCCUCCCCAAGCCAAUUCUGGUGAUAGAGCUGGGAGGAGCAGAUACAUAACGGCAGGCUUAAGGAAUUUUGCUCCACCUGCCCUGCCUUCCCUGUCAUAGUCCUAUGUUCCCUGCCCUGCCCUUGUCUAUACCUUGUCCUUUCUUUCCCUUGCUGCAGCUCAGAGGCUUCCUAAGGGCCCACACUACCAAUAGUAGGGCUGGCUCUGUUAAGUUCAACUUUUCUCCAGAGUGUUCAGAUUGAAGCCAGCUGAUCACAGUGAACUCCAAAAGCCUUUAUGUAGUUCUUCAGGAAAACGUAAACUAGAGGCUUAAAGAUGAAGUUAGUUGUGAAUUACCUGCUUUCCGCUCACAAUACAGGUAACAACUCUAAAUGAUUCUUUGUUGGGUGGUCCUUUGUGGAGCCCUGGCGGUCCUAAACUUGCACUGUAGACCAGGCUGGCUUUGUACUCAUGGAGAUCGGCCUGCCUCUGCCUCCCAAGUGCUGGGAUUAAAGGUGUUCUAAAUUAUUCUUAAAUCCUGUCUGUUUAGCUUUAGGAAGGAAACAAGAUUUCCUUUUCAGGUACUGUGUUGUUUCUUUCCCUGAACCUACCCUAGAGGAAACAGUAACAAAAACGAGCCAGCCCAGCCUUUAAAUCCUAAUCCCUGCCUCAGAAACCCAGUUCUGAAUGGGUACUUUGUAAAUCAAACUUUGUUCUGAAUGGGUACUUUGUAAAUCAAACUUUGUUUUUUUUUUCUCUUUUCGAGGU